ACGAAGUAUUAAACAAAGUCAAAUCACGCCCGCUAUAAUUUCAAUUUUCUUUUUCCCCUUAUUUGUUACAUUUAUUAAAUAUUCUCAGUUAAUAAUUUCAUUCUCCGCACAAUUUGUUCCUUCUUAUUCAUCCCCACUUUUAUUUUCUUCCUUUUCAUUAAACAUGAAUAUAAGCAUGGCACGAGCACGAAUAAGCACGACACGAUUCAAACCGUGCUCGGACCUGGGCCGGGCCAAGCAAAAUUAACAAAUGGGCUAACAUGGCACGACACGAAAACUGACGGGCCGUGCCAAGCUCGACACGAAAUAAAUGAGCGCGAAACGUGCCCUUGUCGUGCCGCCACAAGCACGGCGCAGCGCCCAUGUAAAUAUGCACUAGACCUGAUCUUGCACAUGUUGUUAGUUUUGUCAGCAAGUUCAUAAUACAACCUGGGAAGGAGCAUUGGCAGGCUAUGAAGAGGAUACAGAGUGCGUGAUGUCUGUGUAUUCAGACUCUGACUAUGCUGGAGAUGUUGACACGAGGAAAUUGAUGACCGGUAAUGUAUUCACUCUUAGGACUUCUGUAGUGAGUUGGAAGGCAACCCUGCAGUCAUUAGCGACAUUGUCUACUACUGAGGCAGAGUAUAUGGCGUUUACAGAAGCUGCUAAGGAGGGAAUAUGGUUGAAGGGACAGGUUGGUACCGCGGAUAUUCCUGCCGACAUGUUCACGAAGCCGGUUCCACAUGGAAAGUUCCAACACUACUUGGACUUGCCGAAUGUCUUCAGUGGGUGACUCCGCGAGAGAGAGACAAGGAGCAUAGUACAUUAGAGAUUGCAGAGUAAGAGGAUUCAAGUCAAGGUGGAGAUAUGUUGAUGUUACUUGAAUGGGGCUAUCAGCCGCUACGACUGGAAGUCACGAGGGUCUCGCUGAAUCUAUAUGGGCCGAUACACGUUUGGGUUGUUAGUUUUGGGCCUAGUCUGUAACUAUUUUCUUUACCAGAUUGGAUUAGAUUUAGACCCACAUGGAGAAGUAUAAAUACUUCUCAUCUCCUCUAUAAUCUAUAACCUCCUCGAUAUAGUGAAACUGGCUCUCCUGUCCAUGGACUAGCUAACACACAUUGUGUUAGUGAACCACGUAAAUCUAGUGUCAUGUGCUUUUGUUUUUCGUUUUCUUACUUGUCGGUUUCGGUGAUUUUCCGACUCGUAGCAGCGCAGUUUUAACAAUUUAUGUUCUGAAAAUAGACAACAUAUAGUUUCAAAUCCUGCCGGCCACGGCAUUCCACCUUGUAUCAUGACACUAAUUAGCAAUAUAUUAUUUGAUUUGAU